AUGCGGCUGUACAAAACGUGGGUGGAAACGUAUGAGAAGAACGAAGAGAUCCAUGCAGAAGGUGUGGAGACCAGACGUGAGGCUGAAGGUGACUAUGAUGGCAUGGGAAGCACCCCGAUCCCUCCUGGAGAUAGCCAAGCAGUCCCAAAAGCCAAGCCAAAACCCAAGCCUAAGUCGAGUGCACCAAAGGUCAAGACUGAUGAGCAGUUGGCACGUGCAGCUGUGGUAAAGGCAAAUGCGAAUCUCCUUGAAAUUUCGCAGUGGGACUACAAGCUGGCGAACGCCAGUGUGCCCAAAGUUGUUCGGGAUGCUUACGUGAGCAGCAUGGAGACUGAGGGCAAGGAGCUCCGUGAUGCAAAGACAGCUGUGGAAUUGGCGCUGAGUUUGGGGCAGUCCUUAAAGGAAUCCACCGAAAAGUUGGAAUCUGCAAAUGAAAACUACCGAAAGUCAAGUGGCCAAGUCAAGAAAGCAUGUGACCACAGCUUUGCUGAUUUCUUGAUUUCUUCGCUUGGCCGUGGUGCCACCUCUUGCGCGGAGCUUCAAAAAGCAGCUCAUGCCUCUGUGAAGGAGGCUGAGGCCAACAAAGGCGGUCUUAGCAAUCUGACAAGAAAAAUAGCUAGCCUCGGCAACUGGGGCAAAUGGCCACAAAACAUUGAAAGAGAUCUUACAGUUUUACUUCAGCUGCCAGCGGCGCCCCUUUUCUUGGAGAUACCAGUGCGCAGCAAUAUCAACAGAAAGGAUGUUGUUAUGGGAAAACUACCUAUCAUUCCUCCUCAUGCAUUGUUUCAUUACCUGCAUGUGUCUUGGUGGCUUAAAGAUUUAAACAGCACCUUUCCACAGUCCUCAGGUGGCCCGGCGUGGCUAUGUGAGUUGCGAGGAGAUUGGAAGUGGAGCAGAGAAGCCUUUGCUCUAUCCACCCACUGGGGUGCCAGGGAAAUUUGCCAUCUGUGUGCUGCAAAAUGUCCAGCCCAUCCAAAUGUACAACAGCGGUGGACCAAUCUCGACCGGGAAUUCCCUAGAAGAUCUGCAGUUAAUGCCAUGGCGUCAUGUUUCAAGUGGCCACAUCCUAUUUGCGGAUUACCUGGCUUCCAGGUAGCCCAAAUUCGAUUUUGUUCAAUGCAUAUAGUCAAUCUUGGCAUACUGCAGAACUUGACGGGCUCUCUUAUAUCUCUUUUGUUCCAACAUGGUUUCUUCGGCCAAGGCAACAUGGAAAAUCAUUUGCGAGAGCUGUCAUCAAGAUUCCGGGCUUGGGCUAGGGUGACCAAAAUUGAGCACUCACAAGGAUUCAUAUCGUCUGGCAUGCUGCACAUGCAAGAUGGUUAUCCCCACCUCACAGUGAAAGCAUGGAACGGGCAAGUGCUACUGGUCUUUCUGGAUCGCUGUCUUACAGCACUGGUGGCAGCAGGGGCACAGGACCAAGAGAUUCAGCUAGCACACUUGGCGACACGUGCGAUGACAUGCUGGUUUGACCGCUUAGCGCGAUUUCCUCGUCUGUUGAGUCAGGCACAAGGGAACGAGAUCUCAAAUUUUGGAUUUCGAUUUUUGCGCCUCUACAGGCAGUUGGCGAUUCUGUCAGUACUUCGGAGUGUGGCGCGAUGGCGUUUGUUGCCCAAAGUGCACCCCUUUCGGCACAUGAACGAAGAUAUGCGACAUCGGUUGUACAACUAUCGUUACUGUCAUACCUUUAAAGACGAAGAUAAUGUUGGCGUCUGCAAGAAGCUUGCAGAACGAGUAGCCAAAGGUGACUUAAUGGAAUACCGGAUCAUGACCCGGUUUCUUCUUCGAGUGGGUUCUUGGGUGCCAUGA